UUUAAAGCCUUUCUUUGUUGUUGGCCUUCCUCAGUAAAGUAGCCCAGUUUUAAAAUCCGGCGUUGAUGCUCCCGGGACCAUGAACACCCGAUGAUCCUCGUCGUUCGAUGCACGGGCCCCAGUCAAGAUGAAGAACGCACCAAUGCGAACAGUACACGUGUCCAGCCUCCCUCGUUAUUGAAGAGAAUUAACCGAAGCUCGUAUUCGUGGAUGGCCGCUGACCGGCACCGAUCUCCCUCGUCGAUCAAUCAACCAGUCAGUCCAUUUCCGUAGCCCAUAAUGAACAGUACCUCCGGCACCGGAGGAAUCCUCAGCUCGGAGAACAUCGGCGGCUUCGGGUACGGCAUCGGAGUGUCCGUCGGGAUCCUGCUUCUAAUCACCACCAUCACUCUCGCUUCCUACUACUGCACUCGGAACAGCACCGCCACCACCUUCGUCCUGCCGGAGAGGAAUCCGGCGCCGGCGCCGGCGGAUGAGCAGUCGCUGUCUCCGGCGGGCCUGGACGAAGCCACACUGACGAAUUACCCGAAGCUGCUGUACUCAGAAGCCAAGGCGGCGGCGCAGAAGAACAGCACCAAUUCCUCCACCGCCGCGUGCUGCUCAAUCUGCCUGGCGGAUUACAAGGGCGCCGACGUCCUCCGCCUCCUGCCGGACUGCGGCCAUCUCUUCCAUCUCAAGUGCGUCGAUCCUUGGCUCCGCCUGCACCCGACCUGCCCCGUCUGCCGGACGUCGCCAAUGCCCACGCCGCUGUCGACGCCGCUGGCCGAGGUGGUCCCGCUCGCCACCAGGCCGAUCAGGUAAUUAGAUUUUUAUUUUUUUUGAAAAAAAAAAAAAAAAAAACUUACGGAAGCCACUGAGAAAUUUUAUUCAUCUUUUUUUUUUUUUAAUAUUUUGUACAAUUGUAGAUCUCUUAGAUUUGGCUGGGUCCCCACCUUUAAUUCCCGUAAUUGGAAUUUGGAAUUGAAGUCUUUCUUCUUAGUCGCCUACAUUACCAGAUUUUUUUGUACACUAGAGACGAAAUUAAAAAUAAAAUUACAUGAACUAUUUGAAAUUUAGAGACAAAAUUCUGUUAUAAAUA